GCAACCUGCGGUCCAAGUGACGCACGCACGGGCGGAGCAUCAAGCAAGCGCCCAAGCACUAGCAGCGUCAAAUUGUCCACCCAUCCCGCUCAUCAGCGCAGAACAGCACGCCGGCCCUGCGCCCCUUCGAUCCGGGAACCUCAGCAGAACCCAAGAGAAUCGGCCGACGCCACGCAGGCGCGGCCAAGAAAAUGCUCCUCCUCAUCCUCUUCGCCCUUCUCGCCGGCGCUGCCGCCUUCCUCCUCUUCAAGUUCGCCACCGUCGUCGAUGGGGACUUGACGCUCGUUUCGCGCGGCCCGCCGCGACGGGAGAGGGUGGACGGCAAGGUCGUGUGGAUUACUGGAGCGAGCCGUGGGAUUGGGGAGGUUCUUGCAAUGCAAUUUGCAAACCUAGGAGCAAAGCUGAUAUUAUCUGCUCGUAAUAAGGACGAGCUUGAGAGAGUAAAACAAAACAUUCUCAGCAAGAAUCCAGAUAGCAGAGUUGAAGCGUUACCCAUGGAUUUAUCAGCUGGUGAAGAAUCUCUAAAACAAGUCGUACAUGGGGCAGAAUCACUCUUUUCUAAUGCAGGCGUUGACUAUAUGAUCCAUAAUGCUGCCUUUGAACGUCCUAAACGGGGGGCACUGGAAGAAAGUGAGGAAGGUCUCAAGGCUACUAUUAAUGUCAAUGUCAUUGGAACUAUUACUCUAACACGCCUUCUUGCACCUUACAUGCUGGAUAGAGGAAUGGGUCAUUUUGUUGUGAUGAGCAGUGCAGCCGGAAAGGUUCCUGCUCCUGGUCAGGCCCUUUAUUCUGCAUCCAAACAUGCUCUCAAUGGAUACUUUGCUUCUCUGCGUUCUGAGUUGUGUACCAAAGGCAUUAAGGUCACUGUUGUCUGCCCUGGACCAAUUGAAACACCACAAUCUUCUGCUACAUCAUCUUCGGUACAAAGGCAUUCUUCUGAGAAACGUGUUUCAGUGGAAAGAUGUGUUGAACUGACGAUCGUUGCAGCAACUCAUGGGCUUAAAGAAGCAUGGAUAUCAUAUCAGCCCGUGCUGACUGUUAUGUACUUGGUGCAAUACAUGCCAAUAAUUGGUUACUGGCUUAUGGAUAAGAUUGGUGCAAAACGGCUGGAUGCGGCCGCAAAGAAAGGCAACACCUACAGUUGGAAUCUCAUUUUUGGCGGCAAGAAGUCAGCAUGACCAAGUUGCUCGUCCCUCCUGCCACCAGGCUUUCUGGACUCCGACCUCCAGAAGUCACUUGUAUGCUAUAUACAAACAAGGUCAAACUGAAAAGAAACAGAGCAUAUAUAACAGCUUAGCCUUAUGGUUUACCGAAAAAUGGACUCGUGUUUGGCACACUGAAAAGAAACAGAGCAUAUAUAACCCCUCAUCAGGAUGAUUGCUAUAUACUGACCACACAGGGUUGUUGUCCUCGAAUCUUGUUUGUUGUAUCACGACUAGUUGCGGUAGUCUCAAUCUUUUUUUCGUCCUCUGCCCUUCGUAAA